AUGCCACUCCUCGAACUACCAGACGAUAUUCUCCCAAUCGUCCUGGCCUAUCUGGAUCCAAAGGACUACCUCGCGUUUUGCUGCGCCUCGAAAGCCGUAUACUCGAAAUAUCGACAAGAUCCCUUCUACUGGAGACAUGAGACCUCGAAUACCUUCCGCCUCCCAAUUAGCCCUCUUCUCGCGGCCGAUGGUCCACGCUGGUACUGGCUAUACAAACGGCUCAAGACCCAAACUCGACUCUACACCUGGGGCCAAGGGCUAAGAGGGAGCUUGGGACCUGGAAGAGCUCUCUCGGUUCCUCGUCGACCGCCGACUCUUCUUCCGCCUAGUCUUCCCCAAAGGGUCCUCCCUCGUGUCCCGACCCGUCCUCACCCAACCAUGAUCCCUUCACGGCCUCCCCGUCUAGUCUUCCAGCGAACAUCCUCCAGCUGGCCGACAGAAGCCCACAUCCUCGACGAGGUCGGAGUCAUUGCUGACCUCCAAUGCGGAGGCUGGUCGAGUACCAUCCUAUCUUCCGAUGGCAAGCUGUACACCACCGGCUCAAUAGAUUCUAUGGACGGCAGGGUGGUGGGCGAAUCAUCCGACCAUUUCCGCCAACUCGAGUAUCUCACUCAGAGCACUUCUGCCAUCCGACAAUUUUCUUCAGGUCGUCGUCAUAUCCUGGCACUGACUGAUGGAGGCAAGAUCCUCUCCUGGGACAGAAUCAAUGCGAAAGGUCUCAUGGUGUUUUCGAGAGAUGGGACAGAUCUCGGCGGAAGGCCGACUAGAGUUGCUGCAGGCUGGGCAGAGAGCUCUGCCUAUGUGCCAAAUAUAGGCAUCGUCUAUUGGAGUCCACUUCAAAAUGACCAAUUGGACGAAAUGCUGGAUGGGAAGGAGGUCAAAGAGAAGGUUGUUCCAGGAACUGCCAAACGAAGAACCGAGGCUGGAGACGUGGAAGUCCUCAAGCAUGUCGUUCUCGAAGAUUAUGUUGUUUGGAUUACGAACGAGUCCAAGGUCUACGCAUGUGCCCUUCACGUCGACGACUCCGAUCAGCUAGGUCCAACUCACCCUCCGUUCGAACUUCCGGGCUUCGACGCCCCCGGUCGUGAAUUGAAGGACAUUCAAGGUCAGUUUCACAGAUUUGGUGUGUUCACGGCGACGGGCGAAGUCCUUGCCGGUGACAUGGGCUACAUCAGACGCUGUGCGGAAGCCGUGCGAAAUCAGCCCGAUCUCGUAUCAUCCAGCGACUGGUCUACCAUGACCAGCUUGCUUGCCUCUAGACCCCAGGAUGUGCCUGCCAUGCAGCACACUGGCGUUAUAGCACUGGCAUAUGGUGACUACCACUACCACGCCCUGCACGCGGACGGCAAAAUCACUUCAUAUGGUACAGAUUCUCAAAGCUGCGGAUCCCUGGGCCUUUCCGGCCCGGAGCAUGGCGGCCGUUUCCGUGGACUGCGUCGAGAAAGACCUGGUCUCCGGAGCGAUGCUCAACUACUUCCUAUCGCCAAUAUCCGCGGUCGCCAAAUUUGGUUUGAACCUGAACGGAAGGAUUGGCUGCAGUGGAUGGAAGACCAGCUGAUCCAACCACAUCUUACUGUCGAUGGUCAGCCAGCCCGCCAUAUCUGGGACACUGAUGCGGUCAAACAAGCUGCAUUCAGUGAGUGGGUUGAGCAGGAAGGGAAGCAUUGGGAAGAAGGACCUACGAGUAACGUAACCACGGAGUCACAUGCCAAAACAUCAGAGAACCAAACUGCAGGAGACUAUGCAAACCUUGGAUCCUACUUCCCGAUUGCUAUUGCGGCUGCAGGCUGGCACAGCGGGGCUUUGGUGCUCGUUGACGAGGAUAAAGCCCACGAGGUGCGUAGCAAAUGGGUUUUACAGAGGCAAGAGAGCGACGAAGACAAGACGCGCUUAAUGCCAGGCGCAUUUGAGAGCCUGGAGCUCGACGAGGUGUAUGUAUGGAAGAGAGAUGGGUUUCCCAAAGUGCAGUUACCCAACGGGUUCGAAAUGCCAGGCGAAGGCGAGCUGAGGCCUUGGAGAGACGGAAGGCCGACUAUGCAGGAACUGGGCCUUGAAUGA